AUGGGGUUGGACCCUCUUAUGAACACUGUAAGGUCUUGUGUUGUUUAUGCAGGUGGUCCACUAGUUCCUCGUAAAGCUGAAUGCAACGAAAUCCCAUCUUUGGUUCUUGGUGGAACAGUGUUCCACAUCCUCUCCAUAAUUCCAUGGCCCACAUGUUUUAUUUUUUCCAGGGUAGCAGCAACCCACAGUCCAAUUAUAUUUAUAGGUACUGGUGAACAUAUAGAUGAUUUUGAACCAUUCAAAGUCAAACCUUUCAUCAGUAAACUGCUAGGUAUGGGAGAUAUUGAAGGUUUAAUUGACAAAGUGAAUGAGUUGAAGCUAGAUGAUAAUGAAGAGCUGAUAGAAAAGUUAAAACAAGGUGAGUUUACUAUCAGAGACAUGUACGAACAGUUUCAAAAUAUAAUGAAAAUGGGGCCAUUCAGUCAGAUUAUGGGUAUGAUUCCAGGGUUCAGCAGUGACUUCAUGACGAAAGGAAAUGAACAAGAAUCUAUGGCUAGACUUAAGAAACUAAUGACCAUAAUGGAUAGCAUGAAUGACCAAGAACUUGACCACAGAGAAGGAGCCAGAUUGUUCACUAGACAGUCUGGGAGGGUGAUACGUGUAGCUAGAGGAUCUGGUGUUACAUCACGGGAAGUGCAGGAACUUUUAUCUCAGUAUACCAAGUUUGCUGCUAUGGUGAAGAAGAUGGGAGGAAUCAAAGGCCUAUUUAAAGGUGGUGAUAUGGCCAAGAAUGUGAAUCAAGCACAGAUGGCCAAACUUAACCAACACAUGGCAAAGAUGAUUGAUCCUAAAGUUCUACAGCAAAUGGGGCAGGUUAGAUUAUAUGUGGCAUCCACAGCAUUACAGAUUGAGCCUCACAACAAUCCUCAAAUCAAUAUAACCAACCAUGGAGAUUCAUAG